UAAAGUACAAGGGCCUGAAUAAAUGUACAUUGCAUCACUGUUAGCUUAGCAUAAAGACUUGAACUACUGUUAACAGCUCGUCUGGCUCUGUCCAAAGGCUAAAGUUCAUUAUGUACAGAUAUGACAGAUAUGAAAGUGGUGUCAAUCAUCUCAUUUAAGUCUCUUUAAGAAAGCUAAUAAGCGUACUUCUGAAAACAGCUGACUGUUCCUUUAUGUCAACAUGGAGGCUCUAAGAGUAAAAUCAAAGCCUCAACAGCUACAGGACCUCGAUGGGGACCGUGUGACGGUGAACAAACGACUAUUCAAAGCUUGAGUUUGAGAUUUUUUUUUUGUCAAUUAUUCAAUUUUUAUCCAGUCACUCGAUGAAUUUUAAAGAGAAUGUUCUAUCCAUUCAACAUAUAUAUAACAAAAUAAAUAAAAGGUACAUACUGUGGCAGCAGGUUCUAUCAGUAUCGCCCUCUCUUCAUAUACAUUUGUAUAAAUAUAAAAUAUAUAUUCUACGCUUCAGCUUUUGGUGCAACAUAGUAAUUUGCCCACAAUCACUUCAUCAGGAAACUUGUGUACACUUUAAUUUGUAAUAAACAGACAACAUGAAUGUCUUUUCUUCGUCAUCACUGGUAAUCAUUCCUCCUCCACCACAGAGAAUAUUUAAAAUCAUGACUGAGCACGAAUUGUUUUUGUUUUUUGGGUUUUUUUUUUUUUUUCUUUACACUCAGAACAGAUUCUACAGUUAUGAAGCUUUAAUAACACGUCAUUGUUUACCAGAUGGGUGGAGGUUGAUCUGUAACAACAUCACAACAGUAACAGCACUUUUUUUUUUUUUUUUUUUAAUGUAUCAACACCACCCAAGUUUUGCGUGUGUGCGUGAGUGAGUGUGCGCGUAUGUGACUGGGUGUGCCUGCGCUCUGUAACACGAGAGCCACAUGACCAAUAGGAAGACAAAAAACAGUCUGGAAGUUCAGAGUCCCGCAAACUUUUUUUUUUAAAAAAAGAAAGUUUUUGCUGUGUUGUAAGAGGAGCAGGGGAGCAGGCCACAGUCCACCAGCACCGGAACAGAGCUAAUCAGUCUGAGUGACACCAGCAAAGAUGGCAAACCAGCUACAGCAGUUUGUAGCGGAGAAGAAGAAUAUGGUGGAGACUGUGAUGGAGGUGUUCGAACAGGGAGCUGAAGUGGUGGCCAGUAUCGCCGGUGACCUCUUCCCCGUCUUCUCCAUCGCUGCUCCGAUCGUUAAACUGGCUCUGGACAACGUAGAGAGCAAAGAGGCUGUGUUCAUGAAGGAGCAGUUCCAGAAGGUGCGAGACCGUCUGGAGGUGGUCUCAGAGGAGCUUCAGAGGAUCAACGAAGAGAUCAAGAAGAGCGGACUGGACGCUUUGUACUUCCCACUAGAGGAGAACAUCACUAACCAGUUCAGGAAGUACAUGGACAUCCUCAACGCCAAGCCCAAGUUCCGGGAGGUCAAGAAGAAGCUGUUUCUUGAGCAUUUUGCCAAGACCGGCGGGGAUAAAAACCUCAUCGGCCUCUACAACGCUGUGACGGGAGAUAACUUCUCUGGGGAGUCCGUGCUUGAGAUCACGCUGAACUACGAGGAGAAGAGUCGCCGGCCGAUGGAGGACUUCUGUGCCAGGAUGAAGAAGCUCUUCUGCAUCGGGAUCAUCGCUCUGUUGGGCCAUGCCGCCCUGAAGGGAUACGAUGAGGAGGACAUGCUCCUGAAAGACUGGGGCGAGAAGAUGAAGGUGGUCCAGGAGAAAAUGAACGCUGUCAUCGAGGACUGCAUCGUCAGCUUCCCCAAACAAGCCGAGCUGGAUUCCUGCCGACUGGUGAGAGACCAGCCGCAGCUCACCAACCAGCAGCUGGCUGACGCGAUCAUCGAGAAACUAAAGAGGAAGUAUGACUGGGUGGGCUGGUCUGUGCGUGUAUUCAGGUCCCCUUCAGGCCUGUUCGCCAACAAGAAAGACUUCCACUGCCCGACCGGGAAGAGUCGCUUCCAGGUGCCUUCGUCGGAUGACAGACUUAACGUCUGGGUGUCCUACAGCUCCUCGCCUGAGCCCGUGGAUAAGAAUCACAUCCAGCAGCUGAUCCAGAGUCAGAAGAAGCUCACGGUGGUGAGUGUAGCAGAGAUGCUCUUUGAGAAGCUGCCCGGCAGCUGCGUGGUCCACACGGUCAAAACCAGCAAAGACCUGGCCUGCUCCUGGAGCUUCACAGACGACCUGCACUACUGGGAGGAGCAGAAGAACUUCUACGUCUGCGUGCACUCGGCUUGAAGUGGUAGACACUGACAAAAACUCUCAAAAAGUCACUCUUUCUAUGUCUGUGUGCUUACAUUGAUUAUUAGAGUAUAUCACUGCCUUUUUUUCCAGGCCUUAGCAGUGAAACUUUACACAGUAUGUGCCUUAAUUUGAAUUUUCCAAUUGUCCUUUUACUUCCCUUAUUAUUCUCUUUUUCUCAGAAUAUUCAUAGUCCAGCAGCACAAAUCACAAAAUUGUUUCAAGGGGCUACACAGUCUAUCCUUACACCCUGUCCCACUGCCAAAUAAACUCCUUUAAUAGGGGAAAAGAGUGAACAAAACCUCAGGAAGAGCGAGAGAACAGAGGAGGGAUCCCUCUCCCAGGACAGACAGUUUGUUGCACAAGAAAGUCUCAUAAACUAAAUUCUUAAACUAAUAAUAAUGACCUUUCUGAUCACAUGCAGCUGUGCUUAUGUCUCAGAGCAGAGAGAGGAGCUUAUCCCUCUGUAUUUUAUAUCCCGGUGUUUAAAGUUGACAUUUGCAGAGGAAUUUAUAGAAGCGUAUAGAAAAAUUCAGCUGUAUUUUCUACUGGUGCGGUUGUUUCAUGCUGGGAAAGUUGCCGAUGUAGAAUCCAGGUGUCAUACAGAGAUUAAGUUUCUCUGCUACUGAUAAGCGGUGACCUCAACCAGUCGAGGACACAAACACCAAAACCAUGAGAGAAACUGCCGAUGAUUGCAUGAUUUGCAUGAUCUCACAAAAAUAGUAAAACCAUGUUUCUGGCUGCUGUACGAACAACAAAGCACAAGAGGGAAAAAAAACACACUCAAACAACCUUUGCUUCAGUGAGCGCCAUGAAACUGUAUCUACACGCCCUGCACGAACAUGCCGAGGCGCAGAGACGGCGACACAUUGUUUACAUUCAGAUGCCUCACAUCGCUUUUCUUAAGUCACAAGAAUGUGACACAAACUGGAAAGUUGCUCAAAACCCUCAACUUCAUUUGCUUUGUACUUUUAUGUAGAUAUUUUACUUUUAGAUAGGAAUAAACUGUUGAUUUUGGAGGAGGUUAUCUGGAACACUCUUGGGCUUGAUUUGGGAUUUGAGAAAUUGAUAUGACUAACCUGACCAUGACGUUUACACUACGUUGUAGUUUCUGUAGAGACACUCUGAGUUUUAACCUGUUGACCACUGACCUGUUGUGACUGCUUCAGAUAUUUAGUGUGUUUUUUGUACAUCACAGUAAUUUGUGUGUUUCUUCUUUGUUUGUAUAUUGUUUAUAUGUCAUUACUAAUUCUUAACUUUCCAUUAUCUCACCAACACAUCCUCCAUAUUUACUGUAAAGAUAUGUUGCACUUCUGUUUUAUAUUAUUUUCAUUUCCAUGCAUCAUAUUUUGGUUGUCAGUGUCUCAGAUUCAAAAUCUAUUUCUCCCAAAUAAACUCAUGAAAUAUUU